UUUUGGCAACUUUGACAUUUGACAAGUGAAUUUAUCUCGUAUUCAGUAAAAUUUUCGACUCGUUAAAACACGCAAAAUGGCUUCAAUCCUGCAAAGGGCAGCAACUUUGUAUCUCCAAAAUCAAGCACGUGCUGCAUCACAUGCUGCUACAGCUGGAGGACAUGGGGGUGGCUAUAAGCUGUGGAAGAAGUUGACAUUCUUCGUCGCAUUCCCGGCUGUAGGUCUUGGUAUGCUCAAUGCUUACUUAGCUCAUCAGGAGGAACAUCAUGAGCGCCCACCAUUCAUUGCCUAUGAUUACUUGCGAGUCCGCACCAAGAGAUUCCCAUGGGGUGAUGGCCAGAAGUCACUGUUCCACAAUCCUCAUGUCAACGCUCUGCCCUCUGGCUAUGAGGAUGAGCACUAAAUUUUACCAACCAGCUUUAAUGUUAGACAAUUUAUUUGCUGUUUCAAUGUGCGUGUAGGUUACAAAAUUGUGUACUGUAAGAUAUUAAAGUGAUAAAAUAUUA